CAGAAGUGCAGUUGGCAUUGCUUUGAGGUGCAAGUGCUGUGAGUCUUGGAGAAGAUGGCUCGCAUGCGGCAGCAGGUGUAUCUGCUGCUUGCCAUUUGUAUAUCACUGUGGAACUCUGCAGGAGCACAGAUUAUCAGAUCAUUAAGCCGCACUGCUGGUAGUGUCAAUGGAGGAACAAGAUUGACCAUACAAGGGGAAGGUUUUGCCAGUCAGUUUAGUUUAAAUGCAGAUGACCCAAACGUUGGCAACAGUGUGACUUUGGUGUCUCAGACGAGAUCGAUUCCCUGUGACGUUGAUAAAGACUCCAGUCACCCUAAACAGAUCGUGUGCUAUACAAGAGCUAUGCCAGAAGAUGAAUACCAGGUGCGGGUUAGUGUGGAUGGUGGGCCAAUUCCCCCACAAAUGUGCAGUUAUUACUGGAAUUGCCUGUUCUAUAGUAGAUUGUACUACACACCCACCAUUCAAAGUCUUAGCCCACUGUCAGGUCUUCCAGGAACUAUUGUGACAAUGCGAGGACAAAUUAUGACUGAUGUGUACGGAAGCAGUACAGACAGAAGUUUAAAUAGAGAGAUUGUGAGAUUCUUGAGGGCAUACAUGGGUGGCAUGCCUUGUGAACUACUGAAACCUGAUUCAAAUGAAAAGUACGGCCUGAAAUUUGACUAUGAGGGUUCCAGUUUGGGAUACAUGAGUUGCAAAAUGACAGGAACCUAUGUUGGUCAUCACAAUCUCAGUUACAUUCUGGAUGGUGAAUAUGGGAGGAGUCUGCCAGAUCUUGAGGUUUUAAGGGUCUCAGCGUUGAACAAGCUUGCCAUGUUCCAGACAUACGCAGAGGUGACAGGCAUUUCCCCGUCUGUGGGUAGUGUGUUGGGCGGCACAUCAUUGACCAUUAAGGGGCACUACUUUGAUGAGACUGAUAGUAAAGCAGUGGUCUUAGUAGGAGGCAGCAGAGGAUUAAAAAUGGAGAUGUGGAAUGACAGUAAUCCCAUCUAUCUAGAAGAUGUUUUGAACUAUAAUGCCAGCAUGUCAGGUUAUUCUGUACAGUGGGUGGAUUCCCUGUCCUAUGUGUGGGCUGUGCAAAUGAGAACCUUAGUGGGUCGAUUGAGUGGUUUCUUUGUUCCGACGGAAACUGAUAACUACUAUUUCCAAAUCAGUGGGCAUGUUCGCUGCAUGCUUUAUUUCAGCAAGACAGGUCUUCCACAAGAUAAAGUCAGGAUUGUAUCUGGCAAUGUACACAGCGUAUGGAGGUCAGAGGUCAUGCGGUUAGAAAAAGGAAAACUGUAUUACAUUGAGGUUCUAGUGCAGAAGAAUUAUUAUGAUUAUUAUUAUUAUCAAGCUUCAGUUGAUGUGUCAUUUUUCAAAGACAUCAGUCCUUUCACAGACCAGCAGACUUCAGAAGCCAUCCAUGAGAAACAGCAGAUAAAUGCUUUCUAUGACAUUUUUCCAGAGAAACAGGUGAUUCGUCUUGAAGGAUGGGCACCAAUAAGCGCCAUCCAAGAGGAGCAAACUUUGAGAAUCAGCAGUAACUGCUUUUCUAUGAGCAUCUGUGAAAACACGUAUUACAUUCUGGCAUACAGAGAUCAGAAAACAGGGCCGAUUCCAGUCAGUGCAUCAGCAUUGGAGUUACAGAACGCUCUGAAUGAUUUAUGGACAAUUAAACCGGACACUGUAACAGUCACGAAGCAGGAAUUGAGCACAGAGUCACUUUACAAUGUGACAUUCAACUCAAACCGAGGUGACUUUGAGGAUCUUCAAUAUUGGACCAUAGAGACAGAUGUUAACAUCACAGUUACUGAAGAAGUAAAAGGGAAGGCCAGUCUGGAGAGUUUCACACUGAUGUGGGAUGGAGUUCCUUCUUCUCCAUUGCCUUAUGAUGCAUCUGGGACUGAGGUGCUGGAUGCAAUAAAUGGGAUGCUCUCUGCUAAAUGUUCAUCCCAGAUUCCAACCACUGAGAAUGUCAAUGUGAUAUUUUUCCGAGAUUAUGAGGAUGAUAGAGUAAGUACAGCUUGCAUUCAAACAAGUUUUUUAAACUCAGGAGUUCGGGUCACAUAUUCUGAAGCUUUCUGUGGCCGCUGGUCUGUAAGGAACCCAGAGACUAUAUUUUACUACUAUGACUACUACUACCAAGUGCCACUACAGACGUACAAUACUGUAAGCCUCUGCUUGGCCUACAAAGGCCAUCUGAUGAAUAAACUUGAAGUGAACUUCAAUUACUACCACAGUGCAGGUUAUUACCAGGAGGUGACUACGCAAAUCUCUGUGCAGUUUGACUCAACGGAUGAGUGGAAAUACACGUGUGUGGAUCUCCUGGAUUCCAUUCAGCAAACCUAUAUAGGCACCAACUACAAUCUGUAUAGGCUGAGUUUGUACGGAGCGAGUGAUAACUCAGUUUACUACAUAGACACUGUUCACAUUGGACGAGCAUCAACUGCUUUAGAUCCUAAUGUUAUAAUGCAAAGUAGACGUCGACCUGCUCUUGGCAGCUCAGGACCUUUUUUUUCCGACAUUUAUAUCAACAAACAAACAAAUGGUCUGCAAAUCAGCUAUGAAAUCACAGCAUUUCCAAACAACUGUGGCUUUGGCAUCCCAUUGUUUGAAGUUGGCUUUCUGCAGAAAAUGCCCAAUAGCACAGAAGAUCUAAUGAUUCAACACCAGGAUAAUGCCAAAAUCACAAUUACUCGCCUUUACAAAGCCAGCCCCCCUCUUACUGGAACCUUUGAUGUUUUAAUUUUUGGUCAACGUGUUGAGGGCCUGCCAGUAGACAUCAAUGCUGUGGAUCUGAAGUACGCCCUACAGAGGAUUCCAGAGCUCGGUCAGCUGGAUGUGCAGAGAUCUGGAGAUUGCAGAGGUUACAGAUGGGACAUCCGGUGGCUCUCCGUCGCUGGCAAUCAGCCACUGUUAGAGAUUAAUUCUUCUGCUGUGGUUGGAGUGAAUCCUUCUGUGACAUCUCAUGAGGUUGAGCAAGGAGGACUCUUCAAACAGAGAAUUAUGGGAGACUACCUGCGCACUCCAACAGAUAAACCACAGGUGGUGGUUUUCAUCAACGGCAUCCCAUCAUGGUGUUCAGGUGACUGUGGUUUUACAUGGAGUGAAUCUAAGACACCAACACUGACAGGAAUUACUCCUGAAAAAGGUUCCAGUGGUUUGGCAACUCUUCUUAACAUAACUGGAUCUGGAUUUGAUGGUGGCAAUGUCACUGUAAAGACUGGUGAUGUGGAAUGCUCUGUCCAAGAGGUCACCAGUAGCUAUAUAACCUGCAGAGUUGGCCCCGCAAGUGCUGGUAUGCAACCAGUGUCUCUGAGUUUCUCUGCCCUGGGCAAUGCCCGAUACGAGAAUGGCAACAGUUUUAACUUCACACAUCUGAUAGGAGUGACCUCCAUAUACCCCACUACAGGGAGCACCGCAGGAGGGGCGAUUCUGACUGUGUUUGGUUAUGGAUUCAGUAAUGAUACAGCAGUCACCAUUGGCAAUCAAUCAUGUAAUGUUACUGAAGCAGAAUUUAGCCAGCUGAGAUGCAUAGUUCCUGCUGGGUCAGCAGGUAAACAGACUGUAACACUGGCCAUGGAAGAGAUAACAGCAUCUUUAAACAACUCUUUCACAUACAACAACACUCUGAUGGCCACCAUCACUGCUGUCAGCCCACAAACUACAACAGUAUUUGGUCUCAGAGUACUCACCAUCUUGGGCAGAAAUUUUGAGGUGCAGGUCAAUGGCAGCUCUGUUCUGAUUGGUAAGACAGAAUGUGAAUUGUUGCAGUGGACCAAUGAAAACAUUACCUGCAUGUUACCCACACUCGGCCCAGCUGUAUACGACAUUCGUGUGAGAGUCGGGAACCAGGGAUACGCCUUAAUCAGUGCUGGUGUUAGUAGCACCAUAGAGUAUGUCCUGAGAGUGACAGGCUUCUCUCCACCGCUGGGCUCCUUGUAUGGAGGAACCACCAUCACCAUCACCGGCUCUGGGUUCAGCUCAGUCCCAACCGACAACAAUGUGACUUUGGGAGACACACAAUGCCAAAUAACAGACGCUUCAGAACAUCAGCUGAUGUUGUAUGGUCAAGGAUACGCCUGGAGUCCCUCUGCACUUAUAGUCUCAGUGGGAGAUACAGUGGUUUGGCGCUGGGAAGCUCCGGCUUUUGUUUCUGAUGUGGGCUACAGAGUCUUCAGUUUGUCCAGUCCCAGCAGUACUGAUUAUGAUCACGAAGGCCUUGUUUUUAACAGUGGAGACACCAAAACUGCCAAAGGGUUCUUUGCUUAUCGUUUCACAUCUCCUGGAGUUUAUUACUAUAGCAGUGGUUUCGUUGACUACAAUAAAUGGAUAACCCUACAGGGUGUAGUCACUGUCAGGCCUCUGGAGGAGAAAAUGUUUCAGCUUCAGGUGUCUGUAGCUGGAAUAAAAGCAUCUAUAAAUUCAGCUUCAAGACCAAUAAACUCAUCUGAUUCAGAGUGUGUGGCCACAUCUGACUGUGUCCGAGAUCAGCUGGAGACUUCUGAUGGUCUGUACUUCAGUUUUACUUCCUGUGCCAGUCCCACUGUAGAAAAGAUUACUCCUGACCACGGUACCACACAUGACAUCAUCAACAUCCUGGGAUCUGGCUUCAGCAACACUUCCUGUGCAAAUGAGGUCAGAGUUGGAGGUCAUCUGUGUCAAAUCAUCAGCAGCACCUCCACUGAGAUAAACUGCAGACUCAGUCCUGAUAGUGGUGCUCCAGUGGGCAUCCCCCUACCCGUAACCGUCCGGGUCAACAACCUGGGUACAGCCAUCAUGACAAUGCCAAAAGAGUACGACCGCAGAUUUGUGGUUGUACCUGUGGUUGAUUCUGUCUCUCCCUCUGUGGGCAGUACAACUGGCCACACACGUCUCUCCAUCUCAGGUUCUGGUUUCUUGAAUGCAUCUGUUAUGGUAGCAAAUGCUCCAUGUGACAUGGUUUUCAUGAACUACUCUCAUAUAAUGUGCGACACCUCGCCAUCUCAGGCUCGAGGGGGAAGUGUUGCGGUUUACGUUAACACCAUCUCUUCAUCUUGCAGUUCUGAUUGCAUGUUUCAAUAUUAUAGAUCUAUUGCACCAGUUGUCUUUAUUGUGUCACCUGACUCUGUUACUGGAAACUCUACUACUGUUUUAAUCACCGGAAGAGGCUUUGGGAGCAAUACAGCUGAUCUGAGAGUAUCUGCAGAUGACAUUAUACUACAAGUCACAGAGGUUACAGAUAGCAGCAUCACACUUUUGGUUGGUGCCCUUCGAGCUGGAGAACAUCUUCUACAGGUAGUUGUCAUGAGCAAAGGUCUUGCCAAAGGAAUCGUCACUCUGACCAGCACAACGCAGGCCACCAUUCAACCAACAACAUCAGGAGGCAUUGGUGGAGGAACUCCACUCUUGAUUGAAGGAAAUGGCUUUGUGGAAGGAAACACCACUGUGAUGUUUGAUGGUAACCUCCCCUGCUUGAUUUUGGAAGUGACCCCAGACAGAGUGAAAUGUAUGACACCUCCUCAUCCCGAGGGACUGGUGCAGGUGGAUAUUUGGGUGUUUAACGUUCAGUACCCAAGUCAAAGUUUCAACUACUCCAUUGAACAAACUCCAGACAUCACGUCAGUGAGCCCGGUAACAGGUCCUGUGCGAACAAAGAUCACUGUGUCUGGUUCAGGGUUUGGCACAGAUGCAGCGCUCAUCUCAGUGAAGAUUGAUGGUGUGGAUUGUAAUGUGACAUCUAUCACAGACACACAGUUGCUGUGCACUGUUGGGGAACACGCAGGAGGAACGUUUCCGGUUAUGUUAUACCAUCAGAUCAAAGGUCAUGCCUUGACACAGUCUGUCUUUAGCUAUGAACUGCUGCUGACAGGUGUCACACCAAAUGAAGGAAGCUAUGCUGGAGGAGCUGUUGUUGAGAUUCAAGGUUCUGGAUUCGACCCAAACUUCACCAGAGUCCUCAUCUGUAACAGAGAGUGUAACGUUAACAUGCAGAUCUCCGCAUCGACCCAACUGUACUGUGAAGUCCCGUACAACAAUGGAAAUAAAACAGAUCAGGUCUGUGAAGUUGCAGUGAUGAAUGGAAAUAACAGAGUCAACCUCACAGCCGGCUACACAUACAGAUCCUCUUUGACCCCUGUUAUCAGUGAUGUCACACCACGCAGAGGGGGAACAGCCGGAGGCACAAGACUCACCAUCACUGGAUCGGGCUUCAGUGCCAGUGAAGUUACUGUGACUAUUGCAGGAUCUGUCUGUGAUGUUGAGUCAGCCAAUGAGAUGCAGAUUAUUUGUGUGACCAAUGAUCAACCAAAAUCCCAAGAAACUAAAGUGCAAGUCCUUAUAGUAAACAGAGGAAUCGCCAGAAUGGAUCAUGCUGAUUUCUUCUACAUUGACGUAUGGUCAUCUCCUUAUACAUGGGGUGGUCUCUCUCCUCCUGAGAGGGGCACAUUUGCUGUAAUCACUGCUGGUCAAACCAUUUUACUGGACACCAGCACUCCUGUCCUAAAGAUGCUCCUCAUCCAAGGUAGACGGCUGAUUUUUGAUGAGGCAGAUAUUGAGCUACAGGCAGAAAACAUUCUGAUCACAGAUGGUGGAGCUUUACAGAUUGGGACAGAGCAGCAGCCCUUUCAGCAUAAGGCCAUCAUUACACUGCAUGGACACCUGAGGUCUAAAGAACUUCCUGUCUAUGGCACCAAGACCCUGGCUGUCAGAGAAGGAGUGCUGGAUCUGCAUGGAAUCCCAGUACCUGUACCGUGGACUCAUCUCUCCAAGACUGCACAGAAUGGCUCCAGUACUCUCACACUGAUGGAUGCUGUUACCUGGAAAACUGGAGAUGAAAUUGUUAUUGCUUCAACAGGGGAUAGUCAUAGCCAAAGAGAGAAUGAGUUGAGGAGAAUUGCUUCAGUUUCGGCUGAUAACAGGACCCUCACUCUGACUGAACCCCUGACCUACACUCAUCUGGGUGUGUCUGUCACUCUGCCUGAUGGGACUGUUUUUGAAGCAAGAGCAGAGGUGGGACUUCUUACCAGAAACAUUGUUGUCCGUGGAUCCAACAACCAGGAGUGGAAUGAUUCAAUACCAGCUUGCCCUGAUGGCUUCAACACAGGGGAAUUUGCAGUGCAGACAUGUUACCAGGGGAAAUUUGGUGAGGAAGUUGGAAGUGAUGAGUUUGGUGGUUGCAUCAUGUUCCACACACCACAACCUGACCAGAACCUGGCAAUUGGCAGAAUUGAAUAUGUUGAGGUUUAUCAUGCUGGACAGGGGUUCCGUCUAGGGCGCUACCCGAUCCACUGGCACCUAAUGGGUAACAUUCAGUAUAAAUCGUAUGUGCGCGGCUGUGCCAUACAUCAAUCUUACAACCGUGCUGUGGCCAUCCGCAACACCCACAACCUGCUGGUGGAGCAUAAUGUCAUCUAUGAUAUUAAAGGCGGAGGCUUCUUUAUUGAAGAUGGCACUGAGACCGGAAACAUCUUGCAAAACAAUUUGGCUGUAUUUGUCAGACAAAGCACAAGUUUGCUAAAUGAUGAUGUGACUCCAGCUGCAUACUGGGUAACCAACCCAAACAACACCAUUAGACAUAAUGCAGCCGCUGGUGGGACGCACUGCGGUUUCUGGUACCGCUUGGACAAUUGCCUUUAUGGUCUAUCAUAUGGUGCCACCAGCUGUCCGAAUAAAAUACCACUUUUAGAGUUUUUCAAUAACACUGUGCAUUCACAGGGCUGGUAUGGAUUGUGGAUCCUCCCAGAGUAUUUCCCUAUGCAGAAUGAUAACAGCGUCUACAGAACGCCAAUACCAGCACCAGUUGUCUUCCGCCGCCUGACCUCCUGGAACAAUGAGAAAGGUGCUGAGUGGGGGAAUGUUGGAGCUGUGCAGUUCAGUGAGUUUCUCAUGGUCAAUAAUGAAAAAGCAGGAGUGGAGACCAAGAGGAUCACAUGGGACUAUGUCAGUGGAUGGGGGCUGGAAGGAGGUGCAGCCGUGGUCAACAGCACAAUUGUGGGUCACGUGGAUGAGCUGGGACUGGGAAAUGAUUACUGUACCACACAUGGUGUUGUUCUGCCUCUGGAUGAAGGUAUGAGUGUCAUCAACACCACAUUUGUGAACUUCAACCAGUCAACAUGUGCAGCUGUCGGGGUGGCAGAAAUCAUUGGAACCUGCACAUUCCGCUGUGGAGGCUGGAGUGCACGGUUUAGUGGGAUCCAAUACUAUCAGUCCCCCAAUAAGGCCAGGUUCAGAUGGGAGUAUGAGGUGGUGCUUGUAGAUACUGAUGGAUCCCUGACAGGCAAAGUUAACUCUAAGGUGGUGCCGAUGAGUAACCUGCUCGACCCAAGUCACUGCUCUCAAGUAGAAGACUGGAGUGUUGGUGUACCUGGAGCAGUUUGUGACAACACCACUAACUUUCAUCGGCUGGUAAUCAACAAUCCCAACCCAUAUUCAUUUCAGUAUAACAAUGUGACUCUCACCAACUCUUUUGGGUCUUGUGUGCUACCUUAUAUUCAAAUGCUUGUGACCGACUAUAAUGGCUGGAUGGCACUGGUGCCUACAGGCCAAACCUAUAACUGGUAUUUUGAGUAUGAUUACGAAAUCACCAGCAUGUCAUAUCAUGGCAUAAUCUAUGGCUUUAAGCCAGAAGAUUAUAUUAUUAUAAAUCACAACUUUACUCAAGCGUCUGACGCUUUCCACAUUAUAGAUGACCGAAAAGGUGUCUCAAAGCCCCUCGACCCUACUGUGAAUGUAAAUGGCGACUGGUACUUCAACGAGUCUUCUAAAAAUGUCUAUUACAUGGUGUCUGGAAGAGACAAUGCAGGUAGCCGUAGGAGGAGGAGCAGCAUGGACCGGUCGCUUAAAGACAGAUAUAUAGACUUCUAUUCAUAUCAGUGUUACUAUCCGAAGUGUAUUGAACCAACACAACCUCCACAGCAUCCAACUUCUACAACUUCUACAACUUCUACAACUGCAUCUGGUCACCCUGGUCCAUUUGUUCCACCUGAUCCACCCGGUCUACUUGUUCCUGCUUCAUCAGACAAUUCAACUUCUUUGCACAAGCCUGAAGACUUUAAAUGUACUCUCUGGUCAAAUACGUUAUUUUGGAGGUCAAGCCCAGAAAACAACUAUGCUGUACCACAAACAGGCUCUGAUGUGGUCAUUCCAUUAGGGACAUGUGUGGUUGUAGAUAUUCAAAUUCCUUCCCUGAACAAGCUGACAAUAUUUGGAAUUCUGGAGAUUCCAGACACAAAUAAUGGCACGGCAAACAUUGGUGGCUCACAAUAUAACAACAUUGUUCUUGAAGUCACAUACAUCUCCAUUCAGGGUGGCCAUCUGAUUGCUGGAUAUCCUGAUCAACCCUUCAGAGGUGAACUACAGAUCAUACUGAAAGGAAACCAUUUCACACCAGAUUGGCAGUUGCCUGGAAUAAACCAAGGGUCUAAAGUGUUGGGUGUGUUUGGAUCUCUUGAUCUUUAUGGCAUGCCACACAAUGUAUAUCACACUAAGCUGGCCAACACAGUUCAGGCUGGAAACAACACUCUCUCUCUGGAGGAAACUGUUGACUGGAAGGUUGGAGAUCAGAUUCUUCUGUCCACCACCAGUUAUGACCCAUGUCAGACAGAAAUCAGCACCAUAAGUGCAGUCUCAGAUGAUGGCCGCACACUGAUCCUGGACCGGCCUGUAUCAUACACACACACAGGACAAAGGUACAGUGUGCCAGGAUCUUCUAGAAGCUAUCAGCUUGCAGGGAAUGUGGGUUUGUUGACCAGAAACAUCAAGAUCAUUGGACAGGAGUAUCCAGCCAUGAACACACAGUCUUAUGGAGCAAGAGUACUGGUGGGAACGUUCACAAGAGGAAUUACUUACAGAGGAAAAGCUCAGAUCAGAAACGUUGAGUUCUACCACACAGGACAGGAGGGAUGGAACGACCCAUCAGAUCCACGUUACUCUCUGGCAUUUCUGAACCUGGGAAAUGUGGCAGAUGAGUCCUACAUCAAGGGAUGUGCUUUCCAUGAUGGCUUUGCUCCUGCUAUUGGGGUGUUUGGAACAGAUGGACUGAAUAUUGAUGACAAUGUGAUCCAUCACACUGUUGGAGAAGGAAUCAGAAUAUGGGGUGAUAACAGUGCUGUCCGGAGAAACUUGGUCACUAUGACACUGUGGCCAGGAUCCUACAAUGAUGCAAUGGAGAUUCUGAACACUGAGUGGAAUGCAGCUAUUGAGGUUAAUGAAGCAACCAAUGUGAUUCUUGAAGGGAAUAUUGUUGCUGGUUAUGAACGAGUGGGAUUCAGAAUUGAUGGAGAACCUUGCCCAGAAUCAGAUUCAGUAGCCCAAUGGAGAGAGAAUGAAGCACAUGGUGGUCUGUAUGGAGUCUACAUGAAUAAAGAUGGACUUGCUGGUUGCUCUCAAAUCCAGGGAUUCACUGUUUGGAAGAAUUUUGAUUUUGGCAUUUACGUACAAGUAUCUAUGAAUGUGUACAUCUCUAAUGUGACCCUGGUUGAUAAUGGAAUGGGCAUCAUGCCUAUAAUCUACAGUCCUCCAUCUAUCAGCCAUGAAUAUGCUGACAAAACCGUCCAUGUACAGGAGUCUCUGAUUGUUGGCAGCAGCCCUGAUUUUAACUGUUUGGACACACUGGCAACAAGUGAGACCUACGUUGCACUCAGCAAAAGCCACAGGGCUCCACGACCCCCUAAAGGUGGCAGGUCUGGAGUUUGCUGGCCGACGUUUGAAUCUGACCACAACCAAGCACCACAGAAACCUCACCCUGGACUCACGAGCUACAACGCCAUAGCCGGUUUACUGGUGGUCUCUGAUACAACAUUUGUUGGGUUCAGGAAUGUUUGCUCCACUGAAAGAAAUUACAUGUUCAUGACCAACCCAGGAAAUGAGGACCUACAACAUCCAAUCAGUGUUGAGAGGAUCUCUAAGAUAGACAGCACUGAAGAAUCUCUAGCAUUCAUUCAUAACCCUGAUCUCAGUAAAGUGAACCCAUCAGACUGUGUGGACAUGGACUGUGAUGCUAAGAAGAAGACUCUGUUGAAGGAUCUGGAUGGAAGUUUCUUGGGUGCAGUAGGAGCAGUGGUGCCGUAUUCAGAGUACGAGUGGAACGGAGACCCGCGGCAUGGAUUGGGUGAUUACCGCAUCCCUAAAGUCAUGCUCACUGCUCUCAACGGCAGCCGCAUACCUGUCAAUCAAAUAGCUCCUAAUAAAGGUGUGAUCAGAGACUCUUGUACAUACAUGAACACCUGGCAGAGCUACAAGUGCUUUGGACUCAAUUAUCAGAUGCUGGUUAUUGAAAGUCUGGACACAGACACAGAAACAAGACGUCUUUCACCCGUGGCCAUCCUUGGGGACACAUAUGUAGAUUUACUGAAUGGCCCACAAGAUCAUGGCUGGUGUGCAGGCUAUACCUGUAGGAAGAGAGUCUCUCUGUUUCAUAGCAUUGUGGCCACCAAUAAAUCCUUUGAUAUCUAUUUCACCAGCACAACGCCACAGAAGCUGAGACUUAUGAUGCUCAACGCUAAAACUACUGAGGCUGUUAGGGUGGCUAUAUUUUACUCAAACCCUCAGCGGUUAGACGUGUAUGUAAACGACAAUUUAGUUGCUCCAACUAACGCUCAGUGGAAUGAAGGUCACACGGAUUACACACCGCUUGAGCCGACAUAUCCAGGUGAAUAUCUUCCAAGUUUUGACUCUGAUCACGGUUCCAACUUCUUUGACCCAGACUACAAUAUGUUGUACAUACUUCUUCGUGGCUCACAACCGGUCCAGAUCCGCACUUCCGCGGUUCUUUUCGUGGCCUUCAACCUCCCGGCCAUGACUGAGGCAGAGUUCUUUGGACCUAAUCUGGUCAGAAAUCUGGCUGCAUUCCUCAGAGUACCACCGAAUAUGAUUCGAAUCACCAAGAUCAUCCGUGAGGGAACAAGUGUACGAAGACAGCGUGCGACUGGACUGACGGUUGAGAUUCAGAUCAGUCAGCCACCAAUCCAGACCAUCACCACCAAUAACACAAACAACACUGACAACACCACCAGCAUCAACAGCAGCACCAGCACCACCACCACCACUGAUGACCAGCAGUUUUUGGUUCUGAAGAAUGCUGCUGAUGAACUGGGCCGUGCUGCUGUAUCAGGCGAUCUGAGUCAAUCCAUCGGCUUCAGUGUGUCUUCCCUGAACAUGAUCACCCCUCCACCCUCAUCUAGUGACCCAUCCUGGAGUCAAGUGGCCGCUCAGGAGGUGACUCGUGAAGACCCACAGGUGGUGUCGGUCAGCACAGUGUCUUCACUGAUAAUUGUGGUCGAACCGGUGGCUGCGUUGUACCCUGGACCCCUCAGUGUGCAGCCCAGCAUCAUGGCUGUGGAUGCAGAGGGUAACUGUGUGUCUGUGGGUGUGACGAGUCUAUCAAUCUCAGCUGUACUCAAAGAUGCUAAUGGAAAUCCAGCAGAGGGACUUUCUGGAAACACAUCCAUCCUGUUCAGUGACUGCUGGGCAAAUUACACAGACCUCAGCAUCUUAAACACUGGUGUGAACCUGAAGUUGAAAUUUAGUCUGAAUGAAUGGAAUGCUGAGUCCAGAUCUUUUACUGUCAGAGAGGGGACCACUCCUGCUCAACCCCCAGUUACAAAUCCUGGUCAACCCCCAGUUACAAAUCCUGCUCAACCCCCAGAUACAAAUCCUGCUCAACCCCCAGAUACAAAUCCUGCUCAACCCCCAGAUACAAAUCCUGCUUCACCCCCAGAUACAAAUCCUGCUCAACCCCCAGAUACAAAUCCUGCUCAACCCCCAGAUACAAAUCCUGCUCAACCUCCAGAUACAAAUCCUGCUAAACCCCCAGUUACAAAUCCCGCUCAACCCCCAGAUGCAAAUCCCGCUCAACCCCCAGAUGCAAAUCCCGCUCAACCCCCAGAUGCAAAUCCUGCUCAACCUCCAGUUACAACUCCUGCAUCUGUGAUUGUCAUCACAGACUUCCCAAGCAUCUUUGACUCCAGUCCAUCAAUCUCAUCACCAUCUGUGUAUCUGCUCGUGCUGUUAACUGCUUUACUCCUCCUGUUCAGAGAAACCUAGAAACUAAACCAAACAAUGUAAAAACUACAAUGUGCCUUCUCUGUCUAUCAUUAUAAAUACAUGAUUAUUAUGUAUUUAUUUUUGUUGCUUUCUCAUAAUUCAAAUAUGUAUCAUUGAUUUCUAUAUUAUCCAUAUUAAGUGU